GAUCGGCAUCGAUUAUUUUAUCAAAAACUAAUUUUGUCAUCUAAUCAUUUUUAUACGAAUGUAGUUUUGAUAGUUUAUUAAAUAAGUCAAAGAGUGUCUUUGUGAUCAUGGAGAUUCUGGAGGCCCGUGUGUUGCAAGGCCACAAGAGCGAUGUGUUCACCUGUGCCUGGAGUCCGAGCAGGGAUAACUUGGCCAGUGGCUCAGGAGACAGCACUGCCAGGAUAUGGGACAUGUCCGAUGCAGACACCAACUCCAAUCACCACGUCCUACGCCAUUGCAUCCAGGAAGGUGGCGUCGAGGUCUCCAGUAACAAGGAUGUAACGUCCCUGGACUGGAACUGCGAUGGUUCCCUGCUAGCGACUGGAGGUCAUGAUGGAUUAGCCAGGAUUUGGAAGGCAGACGGUCAACUCGUCUCCACUUUAAGUCAACACAACGGUCCCAUCUUCGCGUUGAAGUGGAACAAAGGCGGGAAGUACAUUCUCACCGCGGGCGUAGACAAGACAACGAUCAUCUGGGACGCAUCUAUCGGCCAGUGCACACAGCAGUUUGCUUUCCACAUUGGCCCCGUCCUGGAUAUUGACUGGCAGACAAAUGAAACUUUCGCAUCUUGCAGCACAGAUCAGCGGAUUCACAUCUGCCGGCUCGGAGUGAAGGAGCCAAUCAAGACCUUCAAGGGACACACAGAUGAGGUGAAUGCGAUCAAAUGGUGUCCACAGGGUCAGCUGCUGGCGUCUUGUUCCGACGACAUGACCAUUAAGAUCUGGAGUAUGGACAUAGAUAACUACUGCCACGAUUUGCGCGGGCACUCUAAACCCAUUUACACAAUUGAGUGGUCUACAAAUCUGAUCCUUGCCUCGGCCUCUUUUGACUCCACGGUGCGGCUUUGGGACGUGAAACAGGGCAGUUGUAUUCACACGCUGAGCAUGCACACUGAGCCAGUCUACUCGGUGGCCUUCACUCCAGAUGGCGAGUACUUGGCCUCCGGCAGCUUUGACAAGUUCGUGCACAUCUGGAGCACGCAGACUGGACAGCUCAUGCACAGCUACAAGGGCACUGGCGGUAUCUUCGAAGUCUGCUGGAACUCCAAGGGUACUAAGGUGGGAGCUGGUGCCACCGACGGCAGUAUUUUCGUCCUGGAUCUGGGGAGCAUCUGGCGGCGAAAACCACAUCACUAACUUCAUUAACGAUUAAAACCUAUUGACUCAAAGCAUC